AUGAUGUUAAUAAAAAACCUUAUCUAUCUCGUGGUCUUCCUUUCUUUAUUCGUAUAUGCAGACUCAAAUCCCGUUGAACCUUACUAUGGAAUCUCGGAGAAUAUUCUAGCUGAAUAUUUCCCUGUAAGACCAAGUUACGAAACUAUCUCAAAUUGUGGGAAAGAAGAUUACAUACUGGAUAUCAAAUAUAUACACAUAACUCCGGAUCCCCCUCUCAAGGGUAAAGAAGUUGAUAUUGAUGCUGCAGGUUAUUUGAAAGAAACUGUAGAUAAAGGAAGUUAUAUCGAUAUAGUUGUCAAGUAUGGAUUGGUUAAACUUCUACACAAGCGACUAGACCUUUGUGAGGAAAUCCAAAAAGUUGGUAAACAAUGUCCACUUGAACAAGGUGACCAAGUUUUACAACAUACAGUUGAAUUACCAAAAGAAAUUCCUCCAGGAAAAUAUAUUGUUGAUGCUAAUGUUUAUACACCUGACGAUAGACCCAUUGCUUGUCUAAAAGCUACAGUGGUUUUCAAACCAUAA